ACAGAAACAAGCUGUCCCUGAAGGAAAUCAUGAAUGUGCAGUACGUGUCAUGCAUGAAUCCCACAGCAGGCAGCUUCACUGUCAAUGCACGCCUACAGCGCCACUUCAGUGUCUUUGCUCUUUCAUUUCCUGGGUCAGAUUCUCUGUCCACCAUUUAUAGCACCAUCCUAACACAGCAUCUAAAGCGGGAGAACUUCUCUGGGGCUGUUCAGAAAUCAUCCCAGCAGUUAAUAAAUCUGGCACUUGCCCUUCACCUGAAAGUGGCAGCAACAUUCCUUCCAACAGCGGUCAAAUUUCAUUAUAACUUCAACCUAAGAGAUCUCUCCAAUGUUUUCCAAGGUAUUCUGUUUUCAGCUCCUGAAUGUCUGAAAACCCCACAGGAUUUACUAAAGCUAUACUUGCAUGAAUCCAGCCGUGUGUACUGUGAUAAGAUGGUUGACGAAAAGGACUUUGUUGCCUUUGACAAAAUGCAAAUAGAAAUUACAAAGAAGUUUUAUGAUGAAGUAGAGGAGACCUUGGAACAAACAAGGAAGAUGAACAUAUUUUGCCAUUUUGCAAAAGGGGUCGGGGAGCCCAAAUACAUGCCUGUUAAGAGCUGGGAAUCCUUGAAUCAGAUCUUAGUGGAAGCCUUGGAAAAUCACAAUGAAGUCAAUGCUGUCAUGAACUUGGUGUUGUUUGAGGAUGCUAUGAGCCACAUCUGUCGGAUCAAUCGUAUCCUGGAAUCUCCCAGAGGAAACGCACUGCUGGUUGGUGUGGGAGGAAGUGGCAAGCAGAGUCUGACAAGACUGGCAGCAUUCAUUAGUUCCCUGGAGGUCUUCCAAAUCACCUUGAGGAAAGGCUAUGGAAUCUCUGACCUGAAAGCAGAUCUAGCAGCACAGUACAUUACAGCAGGAGUCAAGAAUAUGGGCACUGUAUUUCUUAUGACAGAUGCUCAAGUGGCUGAUGAGAGGUUCUUAGUUCUGGUCAAUGACCUAUUAGCUUCAGGAGAAAUUCCUGAUCUUUUCCCUGAUGAUGAAGUUGAAAAUAUCAUCAGUAAUAUGAGGAAUGAAGUAAAAGCCCAAGGACUGCUAGACUCUAGAGAGGCUUGUUGGAAAUUCUUCAUUGAUCGAGUUAGACGGCAGCUCAAGGUUGCUCUUUGCUUUUCUCCAGUGGGGAACAAGCUGAGAGUUCGCAGUCGGAAGUUCCCGGCUAUUGUGAACUGUACAGCAAUAGAUUGGUUCCAUGAGUGGCCCAGAGAAGCCUUGGAGUCAGUCAGCCUGCGCUUCUUAGAAGGGACAGAAGCUAUUGAGUCUUCUGUGAAAGAAUCUAUAAGCAAAUUCAUGGCUUAUGUGCACACCAGUGUUAAUGAGAUGUCCCGUUCUUACCUGAGUAAUGAACGUCGUUAUAACUACACCACCCCCAAGUCGUUCCUGGAACAAAUCAAACUCUAUCAGAACUUGCUGUUUAAAAAGGGGAAGGAGCUAAUAGCCAAGAUGGAUCGUCUGGACAAUGGAUUACAGAAGCUGAGAAGCACAUCUUCACAGGUAGAUGAUCUGAAGGGGAAAUUGGCAGCUCAGGAGGUAGACCUGAAGCAGAAGAAUGAAGCUGCCGAUAAGCUGAUCCAAGUGGUGGGCAUAGAGACAGAAAAAGUCAGUAAGGAAAAGGCCAUAGCUGAUGAUGAAGAACAGAAGGUGGCCCAGAUCACACAGGUGGUCCAGCAGAAGCAAAGAGACUGUGAAGAAGACCUGGCAAAAGCUGAACCAGCCCUUGCUGCUGCCCAGGAUGCUCUCAAUACUCUGAAUAAGAACAAUCUAACAGAACUGAAGUCAUUUGGAUCGCCGCCUUCUGCUGUCAGCAAUGUCACAGCUGCUGUGAUGGUACUCAUGGCUCCGGGUGGGAAAGUGCCCAAGGAUCGGAGCUGGAAAGCAGCCAAAGUGGCCAUGGCCAAGGUGGAUGGUUUCCUGGAUUCCUUGAUCAACUUCAACAAGGAGAACAUCCAUGAAAAUUGCCUCCGAGCCCUGCAGCCCUACCUUCAAGAUCCACAAUUCAAUCCUGAGCUGGUGACCUCCAAGUCCUACGCGGCUGCUGGUCUCUGCUCCUGGGUCAUCAACAUUGUGCGCUUCCAUGAAGUGUACUGUGAUGUGGAGCCCAAGCGGCAGGCUCUUAGCAAAGCUAAUGCUGAGCUUGCUGCCGCCCAGGAAAAGUUAGCUAGCAUCAAGGCCAAAAUUGCACACCUCAAUGAGAACCUGGCAAGGCUAACUGCCAAGUUUGAGAAGGCCACAGCAGAGAAGCUAAAAUGUCAGAAAGAAGCUGAAGCCACUGCAAAUACUAUCUCCCUUGCAAAUCGGCUGGUUGGGGGCUUAGCCUCUGAGAAUGUGAGAUGGGCUGAAUCAGUGAAAGACUUCAAGCUGCAAGAGAGUGCGCUUUGUGGAGAUGUUUUGCUGAUAACUGCCUUUGUUUCCUACCUGGGCUACUUCAGUAAGAAAUUCAGGCAGGACUUGAUGGACAAUGUGUGGAAACCAUACUUGAACGAGCUAAAAGUUGCAAUCCCCAUCACUCCCUCACUUGACCCACUGAGAAUGCUGACUGAUGAUGCUGACAUAGCAGCCUGGCAGAAUGAAGGGCUACCAGCUGACCGCAUGUCCACUGAAAAUGCCACCAUCCUCACUAACUGUGAGCGCUGGCCACUCAUGGUUGAUCCUCAGCUCCAGGGUAUCAAGUGGAUCAAAGCCAAGUAUGGUGAAGAUCUCAGAGUGACCCGAGUUGGUCAGAAAGGCUAUCUGGAUUUGGUAGAGAAGGCCCUUGCUGCUGGUGAAGUUGUUCUGAUUGAGAACUUGGAAGAAUCUGUUGACCCAGUUCUAGGUCCAUUGCUUGGCCGAGAGACAAUUAAAAAGGGAAGGUACAUUAAAAUUGGAGAUAAAGAAUGUGAAUACAAUCCCACCUUCCGCCUUAUUCUUCAUACAAAGCUAGCAAAUCCCCAUUACCAACCUGAAAUGCAGGCACAGUGCACUCUUAUCAAUUUCACUGUGACACGGGAUGGGCUGGAGGACCAGCUGCUGGCAGCAGUUGUCAGUAUGGAGAGGCCUGACCUAGAAGAACUAAAGUCUAAUCUCACAAAGGAGCAGAACGGUUUCAAAAUAACAUUGAAAACUUUGGAGGACAACUUGCUAUCCCGUCUCUCCUCUGCAUCAGGGAACUUCUUAGGGGAUACAGCCCUUGUGGAAAAUCUUGAAGUCACCAAACAAACAGCUGCAGAAAUUGAAGCAAAGGCAUUCAGUGCUGUCUUCCAGAAAGCUGUUGCAAGAGCAUCUCCAGAUGAAAAUCUGCAAGAGCGAGUUGCCAACCUCAUCGAUAGUAUCACCUGCUCUGUGUUCCAGUACACAACUCGUGGGCUCUUUGAAUGUGACAAACUGAUGUACAUGGCCCAAGUCACUUUCCAAGUACUUCUGAUGAAUAAAGAAAUCAAUGCUAUGGAACUUGACUUCCUCCUACGAUAUCCUGCUCAACCAGGAGUCACCAGUCCUGUAGACUUUUUGUCAAGCCAGUCCUGGGGUGGCAUCAAGGCACUCUCCUCCAUGGAACAGUUUCACAACUUGGAUCGGGACAUUGAGGGUUCUGCCAAGCGCUGGAAGAAGUUUGUGGAGUCUGAAUGUCCUGAAAAGGAGAAGUUUCCUCAGGAGUGGAAGAAUAAAUCUGCUUUGCAGCAGCUAUGUAUGAUGAGAGCUUUACGACCUGACCGCAUGACAUAUGCUGUCCGAGAUUUUGUUGAGGAAAAGCUUGGGAGCAAAUAUGUGCUAGGAAGAUCUCUGGAUUUUGCAACAUCAUUUGAGGAGUCAGGCCCUGCGAUCCCAAUGUUCUUUAUCCUCUCACCUGGAGUUGAUCCCUUGAAAGAUGUAGAGAAGCAUGGGAAGAAACUUGGCUUCACCUUUAACAACAGGAAUUUCCACAAUGUCUCACUUGGGCAAGGCCAGGAAGUAGUGGCAGAACAAGCCUUAGACCUGGCUGCAGUGGAAGGACAUUGGGUUAUCCUUCAGAACAUCCACCUGGUGGCCAAGUGGCUGAAUUCCCUGGAGAAGAAGCUAGAGCAGCACAGUGAAGGCAGUCACCCUGAAUUCCGUGUCUUCAUCAGUGCAGAGCCUGCAGCUUCACCGGAAGGCCACAUCAUACCUCAGGGCAUCCUAGAGAACUCCAUCAAAAUCACAAAUGAGCCCCCAACAGGGAUGCACGCCAACCUCCACAAAGCUCUGGACAACUUCAAUCAGGACACCCUGGAGAUGUGUUCACGUGAAAAUGAGUUUAAGAGCAUUCUCUUUGCCCUCUGCUAUUUCCAUGCCGUGGUAGCUGAAAGGCGCAAGUUUGGGCCACAAGGGUGGAAUCGUUCAUACCCCUUUAAUACUGGGGAUCUCACCAUUUCAGUCAAUGUUCUAUACAAUUACUUGGAGGCAAAUUCAAAGGUUCCUUAUGAUGAUCUACGGUAUCUCUUUGGAGAAAUUAUGUAUGGAGGACACAUCACAGAUGAUUGGGACAGGCGCCUCUGCAAGACCUACUUGGAGGAAUUCAUCAAGCCUGAAAUGCUGGAGGGAGAAUUCAUGCUGGCACCAGGAUUUCCACUCCCAGGGAACAUGGACUACAACAGCUAUCACCAGUACAUAGAUGCUACCUUGCCUGCUGAAUCACCCUACCUUUAUGGUCUCCACCCCAAUGCAGAAAUUGGAUUCUUGACCCAGACCUCAGAGAAGCUCUUCCGUACUGUCUUGGAACUGCAGCCCCGUGACACUAACCUUGGGGAAGGUGCAGGGGCCACCCGAGAGGAGAAGGUGAAGGCACUGUUAGAUGACAUCCUGGAGAAGCUCACAGAUGAGUUCAACAUCCCUGAACUGAUGGCAAAAGUGGAAGAGAGGACUCCAUAUAUUGUUGUUGCUUUCCAGGAAUGUGAACGGAUGAAUCUCCUUACUAAUGAAAUUAGGAGGUCACUAAAGGAGUUGGACCUGGGGCUAAAGGGUGAAUUAACCAUGACCAGUGAAAUGGAGACCUUACAGAAUGCCAUUUUCUUAGAUGCAGUGCCUGAGUCAUGGACCAGGAGGGCUUAUCCUUCCAUGGCUGGUUUGGGUAGCUGGUUUGCAGAUCUUCUCAGUCGCAUUAAGGAGCUUGAGACAUGGACUGGAGACUUCUUGCUACCAUCUAUAGUGUGGUUGGCAGGAUUCUUCAACCCCCAGUCUUUCUUGACAGCUAUAAUGCAGUCUACCGCCCGAAAAAAUGAGUGGCCCCUGGACAAAAUGACGCUACAGUGUGAUGUGACCAAGAGGAGCCGUGAGGAUUUCACCAGCCCACCACGGGAAGGUGCAUGUGUCCAUGGCUUGUUCAUGGAAGGAGCACGCUGGGACAUACAGACAGGGUUAAUUGCUGAAGCCCGACUGAAGGACCUGACUCCUCCAAUGCCUGUUAUUUUCAUCAAAGCCAUUCCAGUUGACAAACAAGAUACUCGCAAUGUGUACCCAUGUCCUGUAUACAAAACCCGCCAACGAGGACCAACCUACGUUUGGACCUUUAAUCUGAAGACUAAAGAGAAGCCUUCCAAGUGGGUUUUGGCAGGAGUGGCUCUCCUGCUACAAAUUUAAACUCCACCACACUUUCUCAGUCAAACUGAUUCCUCACUUUACUGGAAAUUUUCACACAAUAAAUUGUUGAUGUGUGUACAUGAUGUUUAUACAUGAUUUGAAGAGUAAAGCAUCAGGUGCUGGCUCACGUGGGUGUGUGAGCCAUUUCAAAUCACACAAAUUACAGGUUUCAAGCUUAAUAGGUUUUCAUGCUGUCUUGCAAACAGCAUAGCUUACAUAAAAUAUAAUUUUUAAGAAAUUGUUUUUAAUUAUGUUAGCUGGCCUGAGUGGUAUUUUUCAUAGAAAGGCAAGAUGGAAAUGUAAAUAA